AUGGCACGAUGCGUCACCCUUCUACUUUUCUUCGUUUUUACACUAUCAGCCAUUGCUCAUCUAUUUCUUCAAUAUAAAAACACUCAGUGUGGUAAAACACGUGGUCAAACAUCUUACUUGAGUUGGUUCACUGCUAGUUGGCCUUAUGUCGCCGCUUACACAGUGAUUAAAUAUGUUAUACCUCAUGUAUUGACGCUCCUAAGUUUGGGACCAGUAGGCAUAAUACCCCGUUCGAUCACUACUUGGAUUCAAUCGAUGUAUGGGCUGUCCUGUAUGUUUUCGAUUCUUCAAUUAAUCGUAGCGCGAGAUGGAGUAUCAAAUCCAGCGACACAAUCAGCGAUGGUUGGACAAGAAUUUCAAGUGUUUAAAAUCUUUUUUCGAACCGAUGAUCAUAUUACUCAAUGUGUAAAAUACUAUGAAGGAUUAUUAGCUUGUUUAAACGUAUUCGAUUUGACCGUUAUUGUCGUCUUUUUCUGCUAUUGGCUUUUGAGAUAA